UCCAGCUCUCGGGCUUCGGCUGCAGCAGCGCCAGCGGGAGGCGGAGGCGCAGAGACCCCGGCCCCGCGGGCAGAGACAGUUCUCAAGGUCAUAUCGAUGAGGAAUUAUGGAGUCAUAGAAUGAGAGCUGGAAGACACCCGAGAGGCCAUCAACCCCAGAUGAAAAAAACCACACUCUAGUGCCCCGUUCACUCAACCAUGGCGAAACUGGAAACCCUGUCCGUGUGCGCUGACCCUGGCCGUGACCCCCUCCUGGCCUUUGCCCCUCGGCCACCUGAGCCCCGCCCUGCAGCCCCUCGCCUCGUGGCCAUGGGCAGUGUGGGCAGUGGUGUGGCCCAUGCCCAGGAAUUUGCCAUGAAGAGCGUGGGCACGCGGACAGGUGGGGGCUCAGGUGGGGGUGGCCGAGGGGGCUACCCUGGGCCAAGGGGCAGCGGGCCAGGGUCUGGCAGUGGGGACCUUCCAGCCAGAUACCCCUCCGAGGACAAAGCCUUGGCCAACUCCCUGUACCUCAAUGGGGAUCUACGGGCCGGGGCCAGUGGUGGUGUCAGUGGAGACCGGACAGAUGUCUGUGGCAACAUGAUCAACAACAGCAGCGACAAGGCCCCACCCCAGUACCGGGAGCCCAGCCACCCACCUAAGAUCCUGCCCACCUCUGGCAAGCUGGACCAGUGCACAGAGCCUCUGGUGAGACCAUCAGCCUUCAAGCCAGUCGUGCCCAAGAACUUCCAUUCAAUGCAAAACCUGUGUCCGCCCCAAAGCAAUGGGGCAUCAGAUGGGCGAAAAGGCCCCGGGGGCCUGAAGGGUGGUGGGCUGGACAAGGCACGGACUAUGACCCCAGCAGGCAGCAACAGUGGGGGUGGUGGAAGCGGCAGUGGGGGUGGAGGACUCUCCGACUCAGGCCGAAACUCACUGACCAGUCUGCCUACGUACAGCUCAGGCUACAGCCAGCACCUAGCACCCCUGAGUGCCUCCACCAGUCACAUCAACCGCAUUGGCACAGCCAGCUAUGGGACCGGGGGUGGCCCCAACAGUGGGGGCCCCGGCUAUCAUGACCUUUCCUCUUCAGACAGUGGGAGGGCUUCCAGCAAGAGCACCCCCUCCUUUGGUAGGCUGAACCCCUUGGGAUCCGGGGAGGGCGGUGGCACCAGUGGCGUGGGAGGGGUUGGUGGGGGCCUGGGCUCUUUCCCGGCCUCUCCCCCUUCACCGGAUGCAGUGAUCCAGGAGCUGGAGGAGCGGCUGUGGGAAAAGGAGCAGGAGGUGGCAGGGCUUCGGAGAAGCCUGGAGCAGAGCGAAGCGGCCAUUGCCCAGGUGUUUGAGGAGCGGCAGAAGGUGUGGGAGCGGGAGAUGGAGGAGCUGAGGCAAAACUGUGCGGGGAAGCUGCAGCAGGUGACCCGCCGUGCCCAGCGUGCCCAGCAGGGCCUGCAAAUGCAGGUGCUGCGACUCCAGCAGGACAAGAAGCAGCUUCAGGAAGAUGCAGCCAGGCUCGCUAGGCAGCGAGAUGACCUCCAGGAAAAGGUGGCUGCCUGCCAGAAGGAGCAGGCCGACUUCCUGCCCCGUAUGGAGGAGACCAAGUGGGAGGUGUGCCAGAAAGCGGGUGAGAUCUCGCUCCUGAAACAGCAGCUGAAGGAGUCCCAGGCGGACGUGAGCCAGAAGCUGAGCGAGAUCGUGGGGCUGCGCUCGCAGCUGCGGGAAGGCCGGGCCUCCUUGCGCCAGAAGGAGGAGCAGCUGCUGACCCUGCGGGACUCGCUAGGCGCCAAGCAGCCCAGCCUGGAGCUGCAGCUGCGGGAAGGCGAGACGGAGCUGGGCCCGGGGCUGCGCCUGCGGGACCGCUUGGGCCCCAGCGAGUCACGGGCAGGGGAGGCUGCAGCCGCCGACGGGACUGCAGCCGCCGCCGCCGCCUCCGGGGAGCCCGCCGAGCUCUGCGAGAGCGACGAGGCCAAGAUGCGCAGACAGGCGGCGGCAUCCUCAUCUUCCUCCUCGUCCUCGGGCCCCCCCCAGGACGGGGAGGGCGACGGGGCAGACACGGCCGGAGCCCGAGCCCUGCGGCGGGAGGUGGGCCGCCUGCAGGCAGAGCUGGCGGCGGAGCGGCGCGCCCGGGAGCGGCAGGGAGCCGGCUUCGCCGAGGAGCGGCGCGUGUGGCUGGAGGAGAAGGAGAAGGUCAUCGAGUACCAGAAGCAGCUGCAGCUCAACUACGUGGAGAUGUACCAGCGCAACCAGGAGCUGGCCCGGCGCCUCGGGGAGCUGGGGGCCGCGGGCGCCUCCCUGCCCGCACCCAUGCCCCUACCUGGACCCGUGCCCACGGCCCACGGUGUCUCAGGGGAAGAGAAGAAGGCAUGGACCCCGUCCCGCCUGGAACGCAUCGAGUCCACUGAAAUCUGACCCCAACCGGCCCUCCCCGGACAGGUCCAUGGGCACAGAACUCGCUCAACGUUUUUUUCUAGUUUGGACAAGAUGACCAAGGCCCCUCCCCCAAUGACCUAUGGUAGCCUUUGGUCCUGAAUCUAGGUCCAUGGCCCCAGCCCCUGGCCCUGGGGAACCCCAGCUUCCACACCCCUUCCCCAGAGACCCCAGACCAAAGAGGUUCACGAAGCUCCGGUGACCAUACCCCUAUCCGCCCACGCCCACACUGUGUCAGCCCCAAGAUUUUCCAUUCCCGAACCCUAGGCUUUCAAUCCUAGGCUCCUGCCUGGAGAAGGAGGAGGAAGAAGGCACUGGCUAGUCUGCUCAGGAUCCCUGGUGGGGUGGGGGUAGAGGCACAUAGAAUCUUAAGUAGGUAGCCGGUGGAGUGGGACUUGCAGAAGCUGGGGGCUGAUCCUGACCACCGAUGAUCCCAAAGCACACUUUCAGAAAGAGUCCUGGACCAGUGUCUCCCCUACAUCUCCCUAUCCCAGCCCUUGCCGAGUCCCCAGACCCCAUCUCCUCCAUGCACUUUCUGAUCGGGGGUAUCUGCUCGGCACGACCAAAGACACUAGGGCCCUCCCCACACACACCCUUCGGUAGAGGCAAGGACACUUCCAGCACUUUGUUCUCUAGGAUGGUUGGGGGGUGGGGUUGUAGAUGAGGUGCAGGAAGUAGGGUUGAUGGCUGAAAGCCUAGGAGUUCCUGUGGGGAUGGAGAUGGGAGCUGAGUGUCUAUCAGUUUGUCUGGGUCCUGCCAUCUCCACACCUCUUCCACCCCCCUCCCCAAUCUCAGUCACUCAGUCCCUGCCCCAGUAUCUCUCCCUCCUCCCCUUCCCAAACCCCCAAGGCUGAACACUGCCCCCAGCCUAAUCACCUCCCCACCCCCAUCCUUGGGGCAAGAAGCUUGAUCUCUGAAGCAUCUCUGAAGCAUACACACCUUUAGGGUUUGGGUUAUUUUAGGGAAAUGACAGUGACACCAGGCCUUCCUGUGAUGGGGCUAGAGGUGGGGGCCUUCUUGGGAUUCACCAGCAAUAACAGGGAGGUUCAACAUCGUCAUCUCCCCCCAUCCCAGAGCUGACCUGGGGGGAGCUGGUAAAUCUUGUGCCCUCCCAACCCCACUCCUCCAAAUCAAUGGGCCCCCACGACUCCAAGCCCUGACUGCCCUAACCCAACUAGGACUGUUCAUGAACAACCAAACUUAAUUCUUUAGACCCUUGAGACACCCCGGGAGCAUGAUGGCCAGACUGACCCUCAAGGGUACAGAUGGACAGGUUAGCCCCCUGGGAAAAGAGCCAAGGAACAGAUCUGGGGUGGGCUGGGAAAGCUAAGCCUUGGGGUGAGGGACAGAGGGAAGCCGCACAGCCUACAAAGGUAGCAGCACCCUCAGCCUUUGAGAGGAAGCAGGUCUUAAAAGAAUACAACCCUUGUCUAUCUGUUUAUCCAACUGUGCAGGACUUUUGGGGCUUUCACAAAGAAAUAAAAAAGAAAGGCCAACCCCUCUAAAGGGGCCUU